CCCAGUGCAAAGAAUAAUAUAGAAUGCUCAGCUCUGAAUGGACAUUUAUAUCACACACCUCCUUCAAGGCUCAGAGAUCAUCAUGGAAGAGGAAGUGGCAAGACUGUAAAAGAACGAAUGUUCUAAAAAGUGGGAACUUGCUUUAUGGGCUGGUGACUCCAUAAGGAAAGUGAUAUAGCUGAUGCAGAGGAGUGAGAGGUCAGGUUAGUAUGGUGCAAGUGACCAUCCCAAACACUUUCGUGAAUGUGACUGUUGGAUCUAAUGCCACUCUUCUCUGCCUUUAUACCACCACUGUGAAGUCCCUGGACAAGCUUACAAUCCAAUGGUCUUUCUUCCACAAUAAGGACACGGAGCCAGUUUCUAUUUACUACUCUGAAGGUGGACAAGCUUCAGCUAUUGGGCAAUUCAAGGAUAGAAUUAUAAGGUCGACUAAUCCAGGUAAUGCAUCGAUCACCAUUUUGCGUAUGCAACCAGCGGACAGUGGAAUUUACAUCUGUGAUGUCAACAAUCCUCCAGAUUUUGUCGGCAAAAACCAAGGCAUCCUUGACGUCACUGUGUUAGUCAAACCUUCCAAGCCCCUUUGUACCAUCCAAGGAAGACCAGAAGCAGGCCACCCUAUUUCCUUGUCUUGCUUUUCUGCCUUCGGAACGCCAUCUCCCGUGUAUUACUGGUAUAAGAUUGAGGGAAACACCAUUGUGCCAGUAAAAGAAAGUUUCAACUCGGCCACUGGAGUUUUGGUUAUCGGAAAUCUGACAAAUUUUGAACAAGGUUAUUACCAGUGCACUGCUAUAAACAGUCUUGGCAAUAGUUCCUGUGAAAUUGACUUAACCUCUUCACAUCCAGAAGUUGGAAUCAUCAUUGGUGCCUUGAUUGGUGCCCUGAUAGGUGCUGCUGUCAUCAUCUCUGUGGUGUACUUUGCAAGGAACAAAGUUAAAUCACAGCAAAGGAAGAGGGACUUAACCCCCAGCACGGAACUUGAACCAAUGACAAAGGCAAGCCAUUCCCGAGAUAAUGAAACGAUUCCAGCUGAAAACAUCCAGCUAGAAGCAACUCUGCCAUCUUCCAUCCAUGAUGCCCACAACACCGAACCUACUACCACCAUUGCAGAGCCAGAAUAUGAGCCUAACCCCCAGCUUGAAAGUACCACACAGCCUGAUCCUGAACCAGAGCCUAUGCCAGUGUCUGAGAUGGAGAUUCAGCUAGAGCCGGAGCUGGAGCUGGAGCUGGAGACAGAAACAGAGCCUGAGCUUGAGCCUGAGCUCGAGCCUCAGUCUGGAAUUAUAGUUGAGCCUCUGCGUGAGGAGGAAAAAAAUCCAGUUAAGGCAUAGGCAUAGAUAGGUAUGGCCUUAAGUGUGGCAGUUCUUACUUAGGAACCUAUUCCUGGCCUUUAAAAUUUGGUGGACUUAACCAGCCCCCAGUCUGUCCUUCCAUCAUGGACAACCCUCAUCUAACGUUGCUCAUACUCACCAUUAAUCCAAAAUAAAGGCAAUUACUAAAUAAAUAUACAGGUUUCGUUAUUCUUAGUAUAGAUUACUUAAAACUGCACUAAUAUGUAAACAUAACAAAUGACAAGGCCAGGAUGGGUGGCUCAUUUCUAAUUCAGUUGGAAAAGUAUUUGCAAAAGUAUGUUCUGUAUUUUAUAGUCACUCUUUUUCAUGGCUCACAUAUGCACACAGUAAGAUAGAGCUCAUUUGAAUAUUAAUUUUAAGAUUAGUUGUCUUCCCUGUUCCUUUUUUAUAUUUACCACUAAGAAAACAAUUUGAUUGCCAGGCGGUGGU